AUGGAAUAUGUUUCCGAACUUAGCGAAUCCGAGCUAGCCUGCUCCCGGGAACAGUGGCAACACUAUCUGCAUUCGAUCAACGCUUCGGAACUCAUCGGCGAAAAUGAAAUGUUGUUCCACUUCUGGGUCGAAAUUCAGCGAACCGAGCCCACUCUCAUGCGACUUUUCGACGCAUUCAUUACUUCCGCAGUGAAGGAAAUCAGAAGCUUGGCGUGCGACAAGUCCAUUCUUCUGGAAAGCAGAAAAUUGUCAAAGCUGCAGAUGAAGAAGCUAUAUGACGAGAUGAAUACAUUCAUUUCUGAUGAGCGCGACCGUCUUGGAAGAGAAAUGACUUCGCAGCUGAUCCGUAAACUUGAAGAGCAGCAGAAUCAGCAAAACACGGAAGUCUUCAUUCUUUCGAAGGAAAAAGAAGUUAUUGAGCAAGAACUUGACCAUCUAAAAGGCCUGACUACGACGCAAAAAGACCAACUCGAAGAAUUCUCCGAAACGCUGGAAAGACUGACCAUCAAGGAAGAAGAGCUGCAUUUGAGAAACAAAGAACUAGAACUGGAAAACAUGAGGCUGCAAAAUCAACUGAAAAACUCGCAAUUUGACCUCCAGCACCACCAAUUACUUUGCGAAAAAUUAGUUACUGAAGCUUUGAAUGAAGAAGACAGACUCAAAGGGACGAUUGACAGUUUGAAGAACAAAUUAUCACACUCUGCCAGUUUGAGUUUUACAGAAGUUUACAGCCAUCCUGCACAGUCGAUAAAAACUCCCGAUCGUCUGUACAAAGUGAUCAUGCUUGGCGACUCUAACGCUGGCAAAACUUCGAUUAUAAAUCGAUACACAAGAGAUCAGUUCACGAUGACGGAACCAACUAUUGACAUAAGUUAUCGGAUGAAAGCUCAGCUUACUGCCAGGGGACUUAUAUCGCUGCAAAUAUGGGACACAGCAGGCCAGGAACGAUUUCGCUCAAUCCCUCGGUGCUACUUUAGAAAGGCUGAUGGUGUCCUGCUUGUUUAUGAUGUCACCAAUACACAAAGCUUGCUGAAUGUUCGGCGAUGGCUGAAUGACCUGGAUGAUAUUACUCAAAAAAUGAUCGUAGGAAAUAAAGUCGAUCUCGCCAAAGAUCGCCUGGUAACGGCUGAUCACGGGCGAAAGAUGGCUGAUGAUCUUGAUUGCGAGAUGAUCGAGGUUUCAGCCAGAACUGGCUUCAAUAUUCCCCAGGCCUUUGAAAAGCUCUCGAGGCUCAUGCAGGAAAAUGAAGACGCAGAGCUCGCCAUGAUUACCAGAUCAAAUACCAAAAUUGCCCUGGCUUUCGACCCGACCUCGGACGAAAAGACCUACUCCUCCUGUUGCUAA